UAAAGUUUGCCGCUAAAGAUGGCAGACCCAGAUGUCCUCACCGAGGUUCCUGCAUCAUUGAAGAGGUUAGCCAAGUAUGUGAUCCGGGGUUUCUAUGGCAUUGAGCAUGCUUUGGCCUUGGACAUCUUGAUCCGGAACCCUUGUGUGAAAGAGGAGGAUAUGUUGGAGCUGCUCAAGUUUGAUCGGAAGCAACUUCGUUCAGUUUUGAAUAAUUUAAAGGGAGACAAGUUCAUCAAAUGCAGAAUGAGAGUAGAGACUGCUGCAGAUGGGAAAACCACUCGCCAUAACUACUACUUUAUCAAUUAUCGUACUCUUGUUAAUGUGGUUAAAUAUAAAUUGGACCACAUGAGAAGGAGGAUUGAAACUGAUGAGAGAGAUUCCACCAACCGGGCUUCCUUCAAAUGUCCUGUCUGUUCUAAUACUUUUACAGAUUUAGAAGCUAAUCAGCUCUUUGAUCCCAGGACAGGAACUUUCCGCUGCACUUUUUGCAAUACAGAGGUAGAAGAAGAUGAAUCAGCAAUGCCCAAAAAAGAUGCACGCACACUUUUGGCAAGGUUUAAUGAACAAAUUGAGCCCAUUUAUGCUUUGCUUCGGGAAACAGAGGAUGUGAAUUUGGCCUAUGAAAUACUUGAGCCAGAACCCACAGAAAUACCAGCCCUGAAACAGAGCAAAGACCGUGCAGCAGCUACUGCUGGAGCUGCUGGCCUGGCAAGUGGGCACCACCGGGAAGCAUGGGCUACCAAAGGUCCCUCCUAUGAGGACUUAUAUACUCAGAAUGUUGUCAUUAACAUGGAUGACCAAGAAGAUCUUCAUCGAGCCUCACUAGAGGGGAAAUCUGCCAAAGAGAGACCCAUUUGGUUGAGAGAAAGCACUGUCCAAGGAGCAUAUGGUUCUGAAGAGAUGAAGGAAGGUGGCAUAGAUAUAGAUGCAUUUCAAGAUCGUGAGGAAGGCCGUGCAGGGCUGGAUGAUAACGAAGAGGUUAUGCGAGCACUGCUCAUUCAUGAGAAGAAGACCCCCUCUGCUACCGCUGGCUCAGUGGGGGCAGCUGCUCCUGUGACCACUGCCAAUGGCAGUGACUCGGAGAGUGAGACCAGUGAGUCAGACGAUGACUCCCCACCUCGUCCAGCUUCUGUGGCUGCACAUCACCGAGAGGAUGACGAGGAGGAUGACGAGUUUGAGGAAGUAGCAGAUGACCCCAUUGCUAUGGUGGCUGGUCGUCCAUUCUCGUACAGUGAAGUGAGCCAGCGGCCAGAGCUGGUGGCACAGAUGACACCAGAGGAGAAGGAAGCGUACAUAGCAAUGGGACAACGCAUGUUUGAGGACCUCUUUGAAUGAGCUGUCCCUACAUUUUCCUCCUUUCUCUAAUGCUCAUUUCAAAAAGAAAGUACCUACCUUUGAAGAAAAGUAUUUAAGUGGCUUUCUGCCUUUCUUGAUGUAAAGCGACUAUUAAUCUUGCACACAAAAAAACACUGGGAGAGAAAGAUUGAUUUUUAUGACAGAAACUUUCCCAAAAGGUAGGUUGGCUACAAGCGUUCCUUUCCCCACUACUACUACAGUAUUGCCAUUUUACUAUAUUUUCUUAUCGAAUCCUUUUUCUUUCCUUUUUAAGACACGUUCUUCUCCCUUGUGAAAUAAGUGAGGGAAGUCUUUAAGGUAAAUUCUUUCUGUCUGCCUGCAGAAGCCCACUAUGACAGGUUACAGUAAUUCACUGAUCACAUUUUUUAAAAUCUAUUCCGAGCCAGCAUUCCAAACAAUUCCUGGUAUUGCUGCUAACUAAAGCAGCUUGCCAACAGAAAAUCAUUUGAUGAGGGACAAAACAAUCUUAAAACUUCAAUUGAGGAUGAUGUCAAUAAGUAAGGGGAAGUUGGGAAUGUGUGUGGAAGAGGGAUGGAUAUGCCUAAAUCUCACAAUUAAUAUCUAACCCAAAAUUUGUAUAUUUAGAAUUGACCUGACUGAAAGAGUCUAUUGUUUUGCUUAUUGCCUUUUGGUUUGUAUGUUGGAUGAUAGAAAACAGAAAGUAUUUUGGUAAGCCCUUAUGAAGAAAUUAGGAGGAAAAAAAAAAAUGAACAAAGGACCAGAAGUUCCAUGUGUAGGGUUGAAAAGUGAAAGAGCAUUGAGAAUAGUACCUUUUAGAACUGCCUGACUUUGUGCUGAUUUGGAAAUCCUUUAUAGGAAGGUGACACUGCUCCCUUCCCUUCUACAGUGCUGUCAGUAGUUUAAUGAGGACAUUUCAGCAGAAACCAGCAUAUAACAAUUGAUAAUCCCCUCUUUUUCUCUCUCAACACCAUUGAACGUCGUCUUUGUUUCUCUUUUGAUUGUUGUCAGACACGGUAUUAUAGAGUACACCCAGUAUAUUGUUGAGCAUUGUAACCUCAAGGAAUAUAGUUUAUCAUUUCAGUUCUGCUAUGUAACAUGGUAUUAUUCCCUAAGGCAGAACUUUAAAAGUAAGGAACUUUCAUACAAGGAUCUAUAACAGUUGUAUAUUUUGUAAUAUUUCCCCUUGCAUUGUAAGUUUUAAGUAUUUAUCAUUUUUUAUAGUACAUGUGUGAAGUUAAGGUAGAUUUUAGAGUUAUCUGAGCUUUGUAGGAAGUGGUGUUUCAUUUACUAGUACAUGGUUGUAUGAAUGACUGAAUAUUAACAGACUAUUUUAUACUGACUAAAAUUUGUUCAUUUCCAGCUCUGUAACAUCUUGGAACAUAAUUAAAAUGAAUAUUCUUCCCAUUAAAAAAAGUUUCAGACUUUGUUCUCUUAUUAGUUAUAUUUUAAAUUAUAGAUGCAGUUGUGUGUGGUCCAAACUUUUUCUGGCAAUAGUUGACUUAAGAGUGACUUGUAGCCCUGGCUGGUGUGGCUCAAUUGGUUGGAGCAUCAUCCCAUACCGAGGAAGGUGGUAGGUUUGAUGUUUCUCUCUCACAUUAAUGUUUCUCUCUCUCUCUUUCUCUGUCUCUAUCUCGCUCUCCCUCUUUCUUUCCUUCCCUUUUUCCCUCCCUCCCUUCCUCUUUUCCUUCUGCCCUCCCUUUCUCUCCCUUCCUCUCUCUAAAUCAAUGACAAAAAUAAAGAAAAAAAGAAUGACUUUCAUAAUAAAGUUUCUAUGAAUGUUUCCCUUUGGAGGAAAAAAAUGCACUACUAUUAUGCAUGUACCUUGUACACAUGGGCUGUUCAACUUUUAAAUAUUGUUUUUUUAACUUUUAUAGUUGUAGAAUGAAGUUCACGUAAAUAAAAUAGUAAUCAGAUAUAAAGUUUUAAAAACAGUUGUA